AUGGAAGCCCCUAGUAUAGGCACCGACUUUCAGCUCUUCUCGCCCGCUCACUCGAGGGGUAGGAAGAGCUCACAGGGCGAUUCCGGCUCCGAUGAUGCUGGUCAAGAUUGGAAUGAGUGGAUGAGAUGGGAUGAGCAGGCUUUCCCGGACUCCAAGAACUUGCCGUUGUCGCCAUCUCUCACAUCGCCGCCGUUCUCCGAUGGGAAGCAGGGUAUCGACCUCUUUCCAACCGGGGACUUUUCUCCCGACGUUCCCCUCGACUGUACGAACAUCUCUUUCGACGCUUUCCCAACGCAAGACAGUAGCGGUGUUCUUCCGACACCGAACUUUUUCCAGGAUGGUAUGGAUACUUUUACCGCAAACUCCGUCGUAUCCGGAUCUCCUCUCUCGACAGUCGCUGGACAGAAGCGUAAAUCUGGUAGUGACGACGACGGGUCCGCUGGCAGUGGCGUGGUGCAGGAAGUGAAGAAGGUGCCGUCCAAGAAACGAGCGCAUAACGUCAUCGAAAAGCGAUAUCGUGCGAAUCUAAACGAAAAGAUAGCCGAGUUACGGGAUAGUGUUCCCAGUCUGCGAGCAUCCAAGGGCAGCGGAGGUCUUGCUGACGAUGAGGAUGAAGGCGUCACACCAGCAAACAAACUUAACAAGGCUUCUAUUCUCUCAAAGGCUACUGACUAUAUCAAGCAUUUGGAAAUCCGCAACAAGCGCCUUGAGGAUGAAAAUACGGCCUUGAAGAUCAGACUUCGCGAGCUGGAAAAAGCGGCUGAUCAAUCCUUAACUUCGGCAGCCUCUGUAUCAUCGCCUAGCAAUUACACCGUCUCCACAGAGUCCGGAGGAAGCUCGUCUCCCAGUAUCUUUUCGAAUCCGGAAGACAGCCCGAUUGAACCCUCGCCCUCGUCUUCUCGUCCAGCGGCAGGCAUGAUUCAAAUGCCGGACUCCUUCAAACGCAUGCGCAGCGAGCAGCCGAAGGACAAUCUCUGGUCACAGUCAUAUAUGCAGUAUCCCAGUUCAAGCAGCGGGUCUGCCCAAUCUGGAAAUGGUCGCCGGCGGUCAUAUUAUCCGAACAAAUACGUACUUGGCACUCUUGCCGGGCUUAUGGUUUUUGAGGGCUUGGGUAAAGAGAAGGAGACUGACUCGACGGCCAAAGGCUUGCUGGCUCUGCCGUUCAACUACUUCAGGAAUGUUGAGGUUCCACCCGUCCUAUAUGAGACAAUGGGCCGGAGCUUCUGGUCGUCGUGGCACGCCAAAGCUAUCCUACACUUCCUUUUCUUGGCCGUUCUAGUUGUUGGCUCUGCUUUCAUUGUGUUCGUCUAUCUCUUCAAUUCCGGACCCGGACACCAAAGCUCUUCCAAGGUGUCCACGACGAAUGUCAUGCUGUCUUCGUCGAAUUUCCGACGCCAAGCCUGGCUGACCAGUAUUCAACGAGUCGGGGUGCCAAGGCAUCGGUUUUUUCACGAAUGGUAUGUCGUGACUUCACGGUGUUUUGAAUAUGUUCUACGAUGUCUUCUUGGAUGGAAGCUUUAUUCCUCGAUUACUGGCAUCACAGCAGAAGAUGAGAAGGGCCGGGUCAAGACGUGGGACAUUGCGAUUGAUGCGCAACUCUCUGGCGGCGAUGCCGAGAUCAGCAAGAGCAGACUCGUACUUACGAUCUUCGCUGCUGGGACUUUACCGCGUAGCCCGAUGAGAAUGAUGCUCAAGGCGCUUCACUGCCGCAUCCUCCUAUGGAGAGUUGGGGUUCCCGGUCAAUGGAGCUAUCAAGUCUCCAACGAUGUUGCCCGCUCACUUGCCAAGUAUCAAUGGGACCUGGCACGGAAGAAGAAUGCGGCAUUACCCAAAGACCACGAGGAUGCCCUUCCGUCGCAUCUCAAGGCGCUGCUGAAAUGCGAAUGCGAAGAUGUCAUGAUCGACAGCAUAAUUCAAAGGGCGGCCAAUUUGACAUGGAACGAUCCUACGCAAGAAGGAUCCGAUGGUGAUGACGCCUUCUUGGAUGUAGUUGAAGAGGAUCCAGCGAUUCAAUCCUCCCUGGAUGCUCUUGCGGCGUGGUGGUCGUCUCACCUUUUACAGCGAGCACUUCUCAGGUAUUUCGAGGCGAGUGCACGCGGUCCGGAUGCAAAGAAGAGCCGUGACCUGUUUAAGGCGAAGAUUCAGCUUGCUCUCGACGUGGCACCGCAGCCUUCCGCCGCUCAUACUCGCGCGCUUGUAAUGAUGGCGGUGUUCUUCGAGCAAGACCGGGUCGAGAACAUCGGAGCCGUCCUUGCCGCGCUGCCCAAGGAAAAGUCCAAGAGUACACAGAACUCGACGUUCAACUUCCUGGACUCCUCACUGCCGGUGUCUGUCCGCGAGGAGAUUUCUAUCGCAGUUCGCUGCGCUAUGAUCGCCGCUAUCUUUACCGCGCGAUCUCGCCACGAAACUUCGCUGCCCGAGUCGUUCACGAUGGAGAAAGCCGUGACUUGGUUUGAUCAGCUGCCGCUAGAUCCGGUCGACCUGACACUUCUCGGCUUCUCUGCUGUGUACCAUCUACUUCAUGUUCUUGCUUCGGAUACCGGCUAUUUGUCGUCUUCGGAUUCGUCGCGGCCGUCGUCGCCCAUGCUCAAGGACUCGCUUGGAGACUCAUCCGAUGAUGCCGAAGAUGAGGCAGAUGAACCGGCUACGUUCAAGAAAGGUGCCCCGGAGCCGGUACCGCUUAUCGGACGUGUCGCGUCAGAACUCAUGUACUGGGCUCGCAAUGCGUACAACCCAACCUUCUACGGCUUCACCUCAGACCUUGUCCAGGUUAUCGAAGAGGAAUGUACUUCUUUAUGCCGCGGGGCUGGGGUCGACGUUGCGGAUUACGCCCGUCUUCAUCAACAGAGAUUGAAGGCGAGCCAUCGCAAAGACAAGCAAAAGAACAAGUCUCGGUCAUCGAGAGAACAUAUCACUCCACCUGCCGAAGCUCAUCGUGACACCAAGUCAACGACUAGUAUCAAGUCAAGCGAGUCUCGGCAUGCUCAAAAAGACCAACCAACACGGGCAAAAUCCACCGAGACAGGGAUGGAGCGGACAUAG